GACCGUUCUGCCAGAAUGAAGUUCAAUCUCUACCCAUCCGGCAAGUCGCCCACGCCAGUCGAACACAUUGAAACGGCACCCGAGGACCUCAAAUCCUCCGAUGCGGAACUCGACGCCGCCACCAAAGGUCAGGCCACGUCUGGCUACGAGACCCUUGGCAUCAUCGAGACAAUCCUGAAGUUCAAGAUAUGUACUGCUGUCUGCUUCGCUAUGGCCUUUAGUGCUGCGACAGAUGGGUAUCAAAUUGGAAUCAACGCCAGCAUCAUCGCCAACACCGGCUUCGUCGCCCGCUUCGCCACCGAAUCGGGCAAAGACGGCGCCCCCACCCUCGCCUCGCCCAUCCUCAGCGGCUGGAGCUCCAUCAUGUCCUGCGGCCAGAUCAUCGGCAUGACCUCCCUCUCCUUCCUCUCCAGCCGCUUCGGCCGCAAACCCGCCAUGUACACGUACUGGCUGAUCCUCGUCGGCAGCGUCAUCGCCGAGUGUCUCGCCCGGUCCUGGCCCGUCUGGCUCGUCGCGAAGCUGCUCGCCGGAAUCGGCGUCGGCGGCGUGCAGUCCACCGUCCCCACGUACAUCUCGGAGGUCGCGCCGGUGAGGAUCCGUGGCGGGUUGCUGAUGUGCUAUAGUUUGUGGUGGACGCUGGGGUCGUUUUUCGCGCAGGUGGCGCUCCAGCAUCUCUCGCGGACGCAUCCGGGGAACUAUCUCACCCCGAUAUACACGCAGUGGGCGCAGCUUGGCCUCAUGCUGCUUAUCUACCUCUUCGUGCCUGAAUCCCCGGCCUGGUGCGUGAACGCAGGGAAGCACGACCGCGCGAAGAAGCAACUCCGCACACUCUACCGCCGCGUCGACGGGUUCAACAUCGAGCAGCAGUUCCAAGUCCUCGUGUUGGCUGUGGAGCACGAGCGCGCGAUUGCCGUCGAGCAGCGACGCGAGAAAUGGUACUCCAUCUUCCGUGGGACAGACGGGCUGCGCACGGUGAUCUCCCUGUGGACAAACCUCUCACAGCAGUUCAUCGGUCUGACGCUGUUCGGCACCUUCGGGACGUACUUCUUUCAGCAGACGGGGCUGAAGGAUCCGUUUAAGAUCAAGGUCAUCACAUCGUCGAUUCAGAUCGGGACCGUGUGUGUCUUGAUUCUAGUGGCGGAUCGGUUGGGGAGACGGCUGUUGGCGUGCUGUGGGACGACGUUGUCGUGGCUUUCGUGUUUGGCGAUUGGGGUCAUUGGGGUUGUGAAGUCAAGCGAUGCGUCGACUUAUGUGUUUGUGUUGUUUGCUUGUCUUUGGAAUGUUGGAUUGGCGGCGAACGGUGCUACCGGAUGGGGGUAUAUCGGGGAGAUAUCCUCGCAGCGUCUGCGUCCGUAUACGGCUGGAUUUGGGGCUGCGGCGACGUGUGUGGUCGGGGUCGUGAUGAACGUGCUAGUGCCGUACAUGACGAACGAGAAUAAGUGGAAUUGGGGAUUAAAGACGGGCUGGUUCUACGUGGGUGUUGGAAUGCCGUUUACGCUGGGCAUGUGGUUCCUGAUUCCAGAGACUAAAGGGCGAUCCGCCGCUGAACUGGACGAGCUGUUCGAGAGGAAAGUAAAACCGUGGCGCUUCCACAAGACAGAGACGGCUACGCAGAGACUGGUGCAGAUGAACGACCAGAAG